AUGCGUGGUUAUACUUCUUCCACACCUUCAAACAAUAACAACAACCAACAAGAAUUGAUUCCCACAUGGAACGAUUACUUCAAGCUUCGUUCCAAACGCCGCUUAUUCGAACUAGCAAGUUAUGCUCCUAGUACUAUAUUCCCUGCUGCUUUGACUGGUUCUUACUUUAUGCAAAUGCAAAUCGAUCCUACUACCACUAUUUUAGGUAUGGAUCCUUUGAUGGCUGCUGGCCUUGCCACAGUGGGUGCUGGUUUCGGUGGAUUUUUGGCUGGUCCUGUUUUUGGAGAUAUCUUUUUCAAGUUAUUGAAUCGAAAAUAUGUGCCUGAAAUGGAUGUUCGUGACAAAAACUUUUAUGAACAUAUAAAGAAAAACCGUGCUGAUGCUCGUCUCAAUUCUAUUCGUAAUCCUGUACCUGAUUACUAUGGUGAAAAGAUUCAAUCUGUGGCUGAUUAUCGUUCCUGGUUACGAAAACAACGUGAACAUUAUCGUAAAGGUGUAUUUGGUGGUAGUGCUGAUGAUUUGGAAAAUUAG